AUGGCAGAUUCAAGUUUGGGAGGCUCGACAGGUGGUCCAAGAACCAUGGAUAUGCAUCAGAUAGCAUCAUUUCUGAGUCAGAUAUCAGCGAUUCAAGCGCACAUCGCGAAAACCAGUAAUCCAGUUCAAGAUCCAACAAAUGCCUAUUUUCUUCACCCAUCAGAAAACUCAGGUAUCCCCAUAACUACUGUUGUUCUUACUGGUCAGAACUAUAGUACAUGGAGUAGAGAAAUGUGGAGAGCACUCAAAUCAAAGAACAAAAUAAAAUUCGUUGAUGGAAGCAUCACAAAACCAGAGAGCACAGAUCCAUUGUUUGAAAUAUGGGAAAGGUGUAAUACUUAUGUAAUUGGCUGGAUAAAUCUUUCACUUAGUCCAGAUAUUCGUCAAAGUGUAACAUGGAACAAUCUUGCUAGUGAUUUGUGGCUUGAUCUGAAGCAACGCAAUUAUCAAGGGGAUAGGUACCGUGUUGGUGAACUAUAUGAAGAACUAUACACAUUAAGACAAGGCGAAUUGGAUGUGACAUCCUACUACACGAAACUCAAAACAAUUUGGGAAGAAAUUGACAAUUUUCGGCAAAUACCAUCAUGUGAAUGUGGCAUCACGUGUCAAUGUGAUCUAGGAGUAAUUAGAAGUCAAAGGGAGGAAGACAGAAUUGUGAAGUUUUUGAGAGGAUUGAAUGAGCAAUAUUCUAAUGUGCGGUCUCAGAUCAUGCUCUUGGACAAGUUGCCGAGUCUGAAUGUGGUGCUCUCCAAGCUUACUCAACAAAAGAGACAGUUCCUCAGCCUUGAAACUACCUCAGACAUUCAAAUUUUGGCAAUAUGA